GGAUUCAUGUGGAGGUCAGCGGCGCGGCGGGAGCGGCGGCGGGCUCUGGAGCGGGGGCUGCGGCUGGAGCGCUGAGAUGGCGGCGAAGGUGUUCGAGAGCAUCGGGAAGCUCGGCCUGGGCUUGGCCGUGGCGGGGGGAGUUGUGAACUCCGCUCUUUACAACGUGGACGCGGGGCACAGAGCCGUGAUCUUCGACCGCUUCCGAGGCGUGCAGGACGUGGUGGUGGGCGAGGGGACGCACUUCCUCAUCCCCUGGGUGCAGAAGCCCAUCAUCUUCGACUGCCGCUCGCGGCCCCGCAACGUCCCCGUCAUCACCGGCAGCAAAGACCUGCAGAACGUGAACAUCACGCUGCGGAUCCUGUUCCGGCCCGUGACGGCGCAGCUGCCGCGCAUCUUCACCAGCAUCGGCGAGGACUACGACGAGCGCGUGCUGCCCUCCAUCACCACCGAGAUCCUCAAGUCCGUGGUGGCCCGCUUUGACGCCGGCGAGCUGAUCACGCAGCGGGAGCUGGUGUCCCGGCAGGUCAGCGAGGACCUCACCGAGCGAGCGGCCACCUUCGGCCUCAUCCUGGACGACGUGUCCUUGACCCACCUGACCUUCGGCAAGGAGUUCACGGAGGCGGUGGAGAUGAAGCAGGUGGCGCAGCAGGAGGCAGAGCGGGCCAGGUUCAUCGUGGAGAAGGCCGAGCAGCAGAAGAAGGCGGCCGUGAUCUCCGCGGAGGGCGACUCCAAGGCGGCGGAGCUGAUUGCCAACUCGCUGGCCACGGCGGGCGACGGGCUGAUCGAGCUGCGCAAGCUGGAGGCGGCCGAGGACAUCGCGUACCAGCUCUCGCGCUCCCGCAACAUCACCUACCUGCCCUCGGGACAGUCCGUGCUGCUGCAGCUGCCCCAGUGAGCCAGCCAGCCCUGCCACAGAAACACCAAAAAAAAAAACCAAAACAACAGCAAAAAAAAAAAAAAUCAUUGCAAUUUCCUCGCGGAGGAAGCGGAAAUUUGGAAAUUGGAGGGAUUUUAUUUUUUUCUUUUUUUUUUUUUUUUGCGGAUGGGUAAUCAAAUAAAAGCGAACGCUCGCGA